CGCUUCCAGGCUGAAAUCGGGCAGAUGCAGCAAGGAUAGCAGGAGGAUGGCGAUGGGGCUGAUCGGGGACGCAGUGGCCACCGUGGGUGGCCUCGUCACGGGAGUUCUUAAUUUCUUCACGGACUUUUUUCUGACUCCACCUCUGAAAGCGACUCUGAUGUUCUUGGAGGAAACGGAGCUUAAAACAUUGAAAGGAGAAAUAAAAACUUUCAAAGCCAAAACUCUGUGGGAGAAAUCUGGAGCGGUGGUCAUGGCGGUGCGGCGGCCUGGAUGAUUUUUGUGCAGAGAGGAGGCUGCAGAGCUGUCCUCUCUGAAACCCCAGCUGGACAAGCUGGGGGUACCUCUGUACGCUGUGGUGAAGGAGGACGUCGGGACCGAGGUCCAGAACUUCAGACCAUACUUUAAGGGGGAGAUUUUCUUGGAUGAAAAGAGGAGAUUUUAUGGGCCCCGUCUCCGGAGGAUGGGGCUCCUGGCGUUCAUGCGUUUGGGAGUCUGGCUGAGUGGAGUGAGGGCCUUUAGAAAGGGCUUCAUUGGGAAUGUUCUAGGGGAAGGGUUUGUCCUUGGUGGGGUGUAUGUCAUUGGAAGAGGGCAGCAGGGAAUAUUACUGGAGCACAGAGAGAAGGAGUUUGGGGAUAAAGUGGACAUUUCAGAAGUCCUCAAAGCGGCAAGAAAAAUACCACAGUAAAACUAGAAAGCACAUUUUUACAUUUGUGUCUCGGAGCGUAAGGGUGCGUUUUGUAUGACUGAUCACAAAGCUUCAGGUGUAUUUAUGAUGGUCUGUUUUUAAACUCAGAAAAAGGAGCAGACCUGAUGUUUCACACCAAGUUUCCUGCAUGACUGUUGUACUGCAGUGCAACCUUGGCACCAGACACUGACCUUUCAGAAAAAUAAAAUAUCUUUUU